CUGAGCUCCGCAGCCGGCCUCUGGGCGUCCAGGUCCCCGACCCCGCGCCCCACUGUGUUUUCCAGGUGCCGGGACUCAGGAGGCGCACGGCAGCCCUGUGCUUCCCCGCUCCCUGCGCGCCAGGUGCCUCCCACCGUCCGCCGCCCCAGCCGCCUGCGCCGGCCCGGCCCGGCCCGGGGAGGGUCGCGGGGGGCCGAGCGGAUCUCCACGCCGGUGAGGCCGUUACCCACCCGCCCGGGAUAGCACCUCGCCCAGUGCACCACAGCGCUGCAGCCCGCACUGCCCUUCCAGGAGCCCGAAUUUGGGAAAUUGACUCAUUUCUGAGACUAGUUGGAGAAAACAAGGAUAUUGAGAGUACUGCUGUCUCUGGAGGGCUGAGGAAAUUCAGAACGAUUUAGGCCUUUUCCAGUGUUAAAAAUAAUCCCUGCAGCAAUGUGCUCCUCGUUCCCUUCAACUUUCAGGUUUCACCGUGCUGCUGCUGCGCGUUUUAAUUAAUUGUUCCAACUAAAGUUUUUAGGUGGCCUUUCUCUGGCAUGAAUUUUAAAGGCAAAGAUGAGAGAUUGUCUUGUGUGGAGUCCUACAUAACUUUGACGUCUAGUAGCUCGACAUUUGCUGAUGAAACAGAGAUUUUGAAGAUGUCACAAAGGCACUUGGGUCAAGCUAGCACUGGAGGCGGAAAUGAGGUGGACUCUCCUACUGUCAGUUUUAAGUACUGCAACUUCAGAGACUUCUCCACAUCUUCAUUUCAAGAUAGUGCCUAUAAUGAGUUAAAAUCUUACAGCUUUGAUAAUACAGAAAACGAAUAUUUUAGAAAGAAAGAAAAAGGCCCAACAUUAAUCCAUGAGCAUCCUGAAACUUCAGGCCUGAGCUUACCACAUCCUUUAGAGUCUCCCACUCCACAAAAGAAAUUUCUCUUCUCUAGGAAGGAAAAGGAUAAAACUUCAGAACUUUGGGAAACUCCUAAAAUCAGUGGGAAAAAAUACUUACCACGAAGAAGGUUGGAUGUAGCCUUCUCUCUUCUAAAGGGGGACUCUGAAUCACAAAAUAGUUCUUUAGAAAGUAGUGUAAGCCAAGUUCUUAAUUUAGAAAAAAAUGUUACAAGCAGUGCUUCAGGUGUUCCAAGGCAAAAUUACUUUAGCUCUUUAGUUAUGAGUACUUUAAAAACAGAAGAAGUGACUUCAAAUAGUCAAAAAUUGAGACUUAAUUUUUCUCAACAAAAGACUUCCACAGUAGAUAAUUCCAAAGAUGAUAGCCUAUUUGAAGUUGAAUGUAUAUCUCCAAUUCAGGGCAGUGAUUUUAAAGACUCUAUCAUACAUGACUUUAGCGAUAGCAGUUUAUGCAUUAGUGACGAGAAUACAUAUCACGAACUUCUGGGCUCCUCUAUUAGUGGAACAACUUGUGGAACAGGUGAAGACAUAUUUGUGACUCCAGUAAGUAAUCUUGUAGCAAACAUUAAAUUUAAUGCGAGUCAAGCACCUUUUCCUUCAACUGAAGUGAGAGGCAAUAUUUCAACUCCUGAAGACAGUGGUUUUAACUCACUUAGCUUGGAUAAAUCAGAAGAUUCCCUCUCUGACCAAGAGGGUUCUUUUCAUGAGCUGCUUCAGAAACAUAAGGGAACUCUGAAAGUGGGGGACACCAUAAGAAAGUCAAGGCAUCUUGUAAGGACAAGAAGACUGUCCACCCUUCGGGAGCAAGGCUCACAGUCAGAGACAGAAGAGGAAAAGCAGACCGUCGGCUCCAACUCAGAAGCAAGACCAGCAGCUGCUUCUGACCUCUCAGAGAGUCAGCUGAGCAGUGAUAAGAGUGGGGAUUUGACUUUAAGCUUUAAGAAUUUAUCGAAGACCCCAGCCUUGCAAUUGGUGCAUGAGCUCUUUAUGAAAAGUAAAAGGAAAAGGUUUCUGCAAAACAGUGCACACGAAUUCUUAGAAGAAAGGGAUGGGGGGAAAAUAGCUGUACUGCAGUGUUUACUUGCAGGACUGAUUGGCAAGAAAAUGGGUUUAGAAAAGCUAGACAUCUUAACAGAAUUAAAAUAUAGAAAUUUACAGCAUAUUCUUGCUAUGGUUUUAGAUUCCUUGACUGCAGAAAGCCUAUGCAGUGUUUGGAAAGUAAGCAGAAAUUGGCGUGAAAUUGUCGUUCAAGAUAAGAGAGCAAAUCGGAGAAGGAAAUUUUACAUCAUACAACUGAAAAAAGAUUCUGAGGGGGCUGUAUUAAAUGUGGAGGAUGCUGCCACUCGGCUCCAUCUUUUAAAUCGCUCAGCUUUAAGAUCUGUGCAAGCACAGGCUAGGACAUCCAGUUCUCAGAAAGAGCAAGUGUCAACAUUAUCUCCCUGGGGAGAAGUUUUGACACCGUUAGCAAGCUCUUCUGCUACUCCCUUAAGUAGUAAACAGGAAGAAUAUGUUAAGGAAGAUUCUUUGGCAACAGAUGACUUUCUUGUGGACUACUUUAAUGAAUUCCUAAGCCUUCCAACCUUUUCAGAGGCAAUUAGAUUUAAUGGGGAUUUUGGAGUUUUUGAAGUAAUUAACGAUGCUCCACAACUUCUGGAAAAGCAACUGAAAAAAAUUCUACAAAGUCAGCAACCUCGAAAUCCCAUCUAUGAUGUUGUAAGAAAAGGAAAGUAUGAUGUUAAACCUGUUCAAAUCAAUGCUCACUAUGAAGAUGAGACCAUCAAUGUCAACUAUAAUAUUAUGUGUCUCAGUCGUGAACAAGGUAUUAAAUGGAUCAAAAAACAAAGACUCCCAGCAUUUCUGGAAAGUGAUUGCUACUUUGAAUACAGGUUAGCCAAAUUGGUCUCACAAGUACGAUGGAGCAAGACAGGUAUGAAUAUCACAGUAGGUACGAAUUUUACUCCCUGGAUCCUGAACAAACCACCCAGUCCACCACCCCCUGCCAUUGAAGAAGAUAAUCUUCUAAUUAUGAAAAAGUUCUACAUUUCUCUUGGCGAGGCCUCUUAUACUCAAACAAAAGAUUGGUUUACAUUAGCAAAACAAAGUCAGCAAACAGUACCAACCUUUUCAUUACUCACUCCUGUACCACACAGAAAGAUCGAGUCACCAGUUAUUUCAUCUGUUUCUGAGAGUUCUAUCUUUAAUGAUGGAGUUCACCCCAGGACAAAAAAGGACCCAGCUAAAUCUAUGAAAUUAAUUUCUGAAUUUGAAGAAGAAGAAGAAGGUUCUAUAUCUCUACAAGAUACUCCUUCCCAUGCUCUUCUGAGAAUAUACCUUCAAAAGCAAGAUGAUGAAAGCCAGAGAUUGCAUUUCUCAACAUUUGAAGAAUUUUUAAACUCUUAUAUAUACUUCAUUUUGAUAUCGGCAAUUCAACAAAUUACUGGAGAGUCAUUUGAAGAAAUCCAAGACUGUAUAAACUUCAGCAGAAUCAGACAGGUGUCAUUUAGUAAUCGUUUUGAACUCUCUGGCAGCAGAUUUUUAAGACAGCCAAUUGAAACCACAAAGGAAAAGUCAGAGGAAAUAUUAGAACAAGCAAGUUUAAGUUCGAACAGUGAGAGCUCUGGAUCAGAGAAUAGGGCUGACGGGUAUAUUUCUCAUAAAACGUCUGACAUUGGCAGUAGAAAGGAGUUUGAAAGAUUUAAGAAAUUUGUAAAAGGUACCUUAGGAGAGAAAUAUUGGGUGCUAUGGAUGGAUAUUGAGAGGUUAAAAGUUCUUAAGGACCCUGGAAGACUUCAAAGACAUCUUGAGAAGAUGAAAAGAUGCUAUCUAGCGAGCAGUGGAGAGUACUACCUUUCUGCAGAAAUCUUAACAAAAUUUAAACUGUUAGAUGGAUCUCAGUGGACUGAAGAGCAUUUAAAAAAUAUUCAGACUGAAGUUGUAAAACCUUUACUUCUUUAUUGGGCACCAAGAUUCUGUGUUACUCAUUCAGCCUCAGCAAAACAAGUUAGUAAUGAACUGAAAUUCUGGCACCUCCGUCAAGAGAAACCAAGGAAGGAUAUUGACCCUUUUCCACAAAUGGCAACCCUCUUGCCACUAAGACCUAAAUCUUGCAUUCCACAGAUAUCUGAGGUCCAGAAAGAGGAAUUCAGCUUUUUACAGCCUCCUAAAUCUCCCAAGAAAACACCUAGAGUAAAAACGGCAACUCAAAAAACUGGGAGGAGUGAGUCUUUGCAUCCAAUUUCUUCUAAGAAUGAUGUGAUUGAGAGAGGGUCAAGGCACAUGUCAGAAAGCAAAAUCAUUCAUUUAACAUCUUUCACUGACAUUUCUGAAUGUCUGAAGCCCCAGCUGGAUCGAAGAUUUACUUACACAGAAGAACCCAAGGUUAAAACCAUGUUAGAUGUUGGAACUUUGGUAGGAUUUGACAUGGAAAACUUGUUGCAAUCUUUGUAUGUAGAAAAUAGAGCUGGAUUCUUCUUUACUAAAUUCUGUGAACGUUCAGGGAAUGAGUUGUGGAAGAACAGUGUGUACUUUUGGUUUGACCUACAAGCUUAUCAUCAGCUUUUCUACCAGGAAACACUUCAGCCUUUUAAAGUAUGCAAGCAAGCACAAUAUCUAUUUGCUACAUACAUUGCUCCUUCGGCCACUCUUGACAUUGGACUCCAACAGGAAGAGAAAAAAGAAAUUUAUUUGAAAAUAUACCCACCAUUUGAAGACCUUUUUGACACAGCAGAAGAAUAUAUCCUUGUCCUCCUUCUUGAGCCCUGGACAAAGAUGGUAAAAUCAGACCAAGUUGCUUAUAGAAAGGUGGAUCUAGUGGAAGAAACUCGACAGCUAGAUUCCACAUACUUCAGAAAGCUACAGGCUUUGCAUAAAGAGACAUUUUCCAAGAAAACUGAGGACACCACUGGUGAAAUUGGAACUAGUGUUUUGUCACUCUCUAACGUCUCUAAACAAAAACAAUAUUGGAGUAAUGUUCGUGAAGAAUACAAGCAUUUUACUUUUAAUGAUCUGCUUAACAACAAACUGGAGUUUGAACAUUUCCGCCAGUUUCUUGAGGCUCAUUCUUCAAGCAUGGACCUUAUGUGCUGGAUAGACAUUGAGCAGUUCCGAAGAAUAAUUUAUAGAGAUAGAAAUCAAAGGGAUGCAAAAUCUGUAUACAUUAAAAACAAAUACCUUAAUAAAAAAUAUUUCUUUGGACCCAACAGUCCAGCUUCUCUACGUCAGCAAGACCAGAUAAUGAAUUUAAGUGGUGGCUGGGGGAAGAUUCUCCAUGAGCAGUUUGAUGCAUCUGUUCUAAUUGAAGUUCAGAAGCAUGUGCUAAAUAGGCUAGAAAAUGUGUGGUUGCCAUUGUUUCUUGCAAGUGAACAAUUUGCAGCACGUCAAAAGAUAAAGGUACAGAUGAAAGACAUAGCAGAAGAGCUCUUACUGCAGAAGCAUGAAAGGAAAAUUGGGGUCUGGAAGCCCGUGGAGAGUAAGUGGAUAUCUUCAUCUUGUGAAAUCAUUGCUUUUCGUAAAGCUUUAUUGAAUCCAGUUACUGCAAGACAAUUUCAACAUUUUGUGGCUCUAAAAGGAGAUUUAUUGGAAAAUGGGGUGCUUUUUUGGCAAGAAGUACAAAAAUAUAAGGACUUGUGCCAUUCUCAUUGUGAUGCAUCUGUCAUCCAGAAGAAGAUCACAACUAUUAUCAACUGCUUCAUUAAUUCCAAUAUUCCACCAGCUUUACAAAUUGACAUUCCAGUAGAGCAAGCCCAGAAGAUUAUUGAACACAGAAAGGAGUUAGGACCAUAUGUAUUUAGAGAGGCACAGAUGACAAUUUUUGGGGUUCUGUUUAAAUUCUGGCCUCAGUUUUGUGAGUUUAGGAAGAACUUAACUGAUGAAAAAAUUAUGAGUGCUUUAGAGAGAAGACAAGACUAUAAGCAUAAAAAGAAAUUGACAAUGACAGAAGAUGAAAAAUUGGGAAAGGAUGGAAUCAAACAACACUCAAGUACUUCAGGGUCUGCUACCAAAGCAACUGCUGUAGUCAGUGAUUCCUUCAUAGGCCUGCAGGUGUACGGCCGACAGCCAACCUGGUGCUAUUCAAAGUACAUAGAAGCCUUAGAACAGGAGAGAAUUCUUCUUAAAGUCCAAGAAGAACUGGAAAAAAAGUUGAUUACAGGUACAUCUCUCACAAAUAUUAGGCUCACUACUUCUGUCAUGUCUUUGAAAAGGAAUAUGGCUGUCCAAAGCCCAAAGUGACAGUGUUCAUGUGAGUGUUUACGUCCUGCUGCUGAUAAAUGCAAGGAAUUCUUUAACCCAAAUUUAACUGACAUGAGAAGCACAAGUGAUUUUUUUUCAUGGUCUGUAUUAGAGCAAGCCUAACAUCUAAAUAAAGUUUGGCUUGUCUUACCCCUACAGUUUUCAAAGUACAGCUAUCCUGUAUACGUGAAAUACAAGACUAUAAAAUACUUUUAAAAAUAUAUUUGGAAUAAAAUCACUACUAUCUAGGUUAGAAGAAUUGAAAUGUUUUGCUUAUCACCAUCCUUAAGGAAGUAUAAUGCUAUGCUCCUCAAGUAAUCUUUCAACAAAUAUUCCUUGAGCAUUUACUAUAUUUUGUUAGCAGAUAAUAUUCAGCAGGUAAUUAGGGGACAAAUAUUCCCAGCAAUAAAUUGACCCAAAACAUAAAGGGAAGAGCCUUCCCCACCCCAUCCCCAACUGUAAAACAACUGUAUAUUAAAGUGAUGGUUGCAAUA